UGUUCCUCAUGGCCCGCGCAGCUCGCGCCACUAAAUCCGCCUCAGCGCGCCGCGGUCCCGUUUACCGAGCGUUCCGCUGCUCUCCGGUGCUGAUCGGCGCUCCGCGGCUCCGCGAGCUCGUCUAGCGGGAAGCGCUGCGGAGAGCUCGGCGUUUUCGGUCGUUUAAUGUCGAUUCAAAUUCAUCGGCGAUGAUUUAUGUGCUAAUGCUAAGAUUAGCUUCCAGAGAAGCGCAAGCGGGCUAGCGCAGAAACGGCUAAAUAGGCGCAUCAAACUUCAGUUUGUGGACGGAGUGCGAUAUUUAGAGAGCAGGGCAGUCUUUUAUUCACACGCAAACACAGUCUGUCUGUUUGGAGGCGUUUAAGUGAAGUAGUUUCGACGUUUGUGGCCUGUUUCGUGUCGUUCAGAGCAAACUACAAACAUCAUGUGUCCAUCAAGGAUCCCGCUCCAGCAUGUCCGAAACUGUGAAGUAUGUGGACGAUGAGCACAAGACCAUCUUUCUAAAGCUACUGAACGAGCAGCGUUUGGAGGGCGAGCAUUGCGACAUCGCGGUGGUGGUGGAGGAUGUGAAGUUCAGAGCGCAUCGCUGUGUGUUGGCGGCGUGCAGCAACUACUUCAAGAAACUCUUCAAGAAACACGAAGUGGACAGCUCGUCCGUCAUCGAGAUUGACUUCAUCCGCUCGGACAUCUUCGAGGAGGUGCUGAAUUACAUGUACACCGCCAGGAUCUCGGUGAAGAAGAAGGAUGUCAACCUCAUGAUGUCCUCGGGACAGAUCCUCGGCAUACGCUUUUUAGACAAACUCUGCUCGCAGAAACGCGACAUGUCACCCGACGAGAAAAACGACCCCAGGAAUGCAAAGUUCCCGUACGACAUGGUGAAAAUGGGGCUUCCGGCGGAAGAUCCUCCGCUGAGCCAAGACAGCGACGUCCAGGUGCUCGGAGACCAAGACGACGCUCCUUCGGACGACAUCGUAGAGGAGCCUCAGGGCAAUCACGAUUUGGAUAAAUCGCCGAAUAACGCGUUACGAGUGCAGGAGGCCAUACUGAAGGAGCUCGCGCAAGAAGAAGUGCACAAAGUCAGCUGCUACGAUCAAGAAGUGGAAGCGAUGGAUGGAGAACCUAAAGAGUUGGCGGCUCACACCCAAACGCUGUCGUUCGCCGAAAGCAUGGGCGACGUUAAAGACGAGCAGCCGCCGGGGUGGACGACGGCCGCCGCCGACAUGAAGUUCGAGUAUCUGCUCUACGGCCAUCGCGAUCAGCUGGCGUGCCAGGUUUGCGGAAAGAGCUUCAUCGACGAAAACCGCUUGAGGAAGCACGAGAAGCUGCACUCAGCCGACCGGCCCUUCGUCUGCGAGAUCUGCACCAAAGCCUUCACCACUCAGGCGCAUUUAAAGGAGCACCUGAAGAUCCACACGGGCUUCAAGCCGUACCGCUGCGAGGCCUGCGGGAAGUCGUUCAUCCGCGCGCCGGACCUGAAGAAGCACGAGCGCGUGCACAGCAACGAGCGGCCCUUCAGCUGCCAGAUGUGCGAGAAGGCCUUCAAACACAAGUCGCACCUGAAGGACCACGAGCGACGCCACCGAGGAGAGAAGCCCUUCGUCUGCGGAUCCUGCACCAAGGCCUUCGCCAAAGCGUCCGACUUGAAGAGACACGAGAACAACAUGCACAGCGAGCGCAAGCAGCUGCAGAGCGAGACCGAGCAGCUCCAGGCCGCAGCCAUGGCCGCCGAGGCCGAGCAGCAGCUGGAGUCCAUCGCCUGCUCGUAAUCACCGAGCGGAUCUGAGCGGGGCUGGGACCAGACACCCCUGCGUCGCCGCUCGGUCCGUUCCGAGUUUAGUUUUGAACAGCAGAUGGCGCUGCGUGCUUCAGAAACAGACGUGCUCUGCUUCAGUCCAGUUACGCACGGGAUGAAAUAAAUGAGCGCGCAGAAGUAGAGCACUUUAAGUACAUGAUAGAAGUGCUCUCUUUCACGUAAUAAUUUUAUACUUAAAGGAAUAGUUCACCCAAAAAUGAAGAUUCUGUGAUCUGUUUACUCAAUAUUUUGAAGAAUUUUGUCACCAGGCUGUUUUGGGUCACCAUUGACUUCCAUAGUAGGAAAAUAAUGGUGACUCAAAACUGUCUGGUCUGGUUGCUAACUUAAAAAAAAAAAAAAAUAAAAAUCUUCCUUUGUGUUCUGCAGAACAAAGAAAUUCAUACAGGUUUGGAACCACUCCAGAGUGAUUAAACGAUCACAGAAUCUUCAUUCGUGGGUGAACUAUUCGUUUUAAUAUACUAAAAAUGAUUCUGUAGAUAAAAUCCUCUUUGAUUCUGUGAAUAUGAAAUGCACAUUUGACAUGCUAUUUGUGUAUAUAGUCACCACUUCUAGUACACUUGGGUGUGCUAGUUUAUGAAAGAUCUCUAAAUACAGGUAGUAGGUCAAAAGCGCAUUUUAUUUUAGAUUGUGUCCCAAAAUAGCAAAGUUGAGUACACUUUAUCUAUAGAAACAUUUUUAGUAUAUCAAGAAUAGAAUUAGUGCAUGAAAGCAGCACAUUAUGAAAGUGUACUACUCUAAUCUACACAAAUCACUUGAACCUAAAAUAAUCAUUCAUAAAGUUUGAAACGGUUGUAGCGAAUUACAAGGGUGUUUAUAAUAAACUGUGUUUAGAUUAAUCUCACGUCGUAAAGCAGGUGCAAAUACUAUUCAUCUGAGCACGCAAGCGCUCUUCUUCUUGAGCUUUGGAGCGUUCGGAUAAAAACUAUAUCAGAGCGCCAUCUGCUGUUAAAAACUACAUUAAGCUCGGAGUCAGUUCCGGAUCGAUCCACAAAUUGCGCGUCCUAGCCCUAGAUUUUUUUUUCUCUUCUAAUUUUAGAACAUGAUUUACACUGUUUUUCAUUGUUUCUUUUAUAUGUAAAUGGUGAAGACGUUUUCUCUUAUUGUACAGUUCAUACCAAAUGUAUUUGAGUAUUUAUGGCAGCUGACGGACGAUGAGCUCUUCCUUCGCCUGCUGCCCUUGCAGCGUAAACUGGACACGUGAACAUUUGUGAUGUUGGCGGACGGAUGGAACGAGCUUGGGGUCAACCAUGCCGUCCGUUUCUUGCGAAAGGGUGUGACGGUUUACACAUCCAGAUAUUUUUUCUGUAAUAAAAGACUGGUGAAUCAUC